AUGAGACUACAUCUCAACCCAGGAGAACAGGUCAGAUCUUUCCUCGUUCUCCGCCAAUCCUCAUGUAACAUUAUUGGUCGUGAUCAAACCAAUGAUUCCCCCCAUGUACUGCAAAUAAUAUUUUAUGAUUCCAAAAUUCAGGUGAAACUCGCGGCGAGAUGCGAUUCCGAGAGCGUCAAGCCAAACCUCCUUGACGAAACAACUGCACAACUUUUUAUCGCUGCAUACAAGGCCAUCGGCGCACUUCUUGCUGCCAAUUAA